UCGGAAUAUGAUUGAUGAAUAGGAAUAUAAAAUUGUAGAUUUGUGGUGUAAACGCAAUUGGCGUAUACGACGGUUAGGUACGACAAUUUUCGCCGAUAGCCGGUGGCGCCGCCCGUCGCCUACCCAAAUUAUCGAAACAAAUCAUCAAAAGGUUUCGUGCAAUUCCUGUCAGAAUUUAUCUCUUUCGGCUUCGAUAACUCAACGAGUCGAUCCUAACCCCAGAAAAUGGCAGCUUCUAAUGACGCAUGGGUAAGGGAAUAUAAUGAAGCAGUUAGACUUGCUGAUGAUAUCACUAACAUGAUAUCUGAAAGAAGUUCAUUGCCACCUUCCGGGCCAGAAGCACAGCGGCAUGCAUCGACCAUACGGAGGAAAAUUACCAUAUUGGGAACCAGAUUGGAUAGUCUGCAGUCUCUUCUGCAAAAGCUUCAUGGAAAGCAGUCUCUGACAGAGAAAGAAAUGAAUCGUCGACGUGACAUGGUAAACAAUUUGAGAUCAAAAGUAACUCAGAUGGCUUCCUCGUUGAACAUGUCAAACUUUGCUAAUAGAGACAGCUUACUUGGCCCGGAGAUAAAGCCUGCUGAUGCUAUGAGCAGAAUAAGUGGCCUUGACAACCAAGGGAUUGUUGGUCUUCAGAGACAAGUCAUGAGAGAGCAAGAUGAAGGUCUUGAAAAAUUGGAGGAGACAGUCAUAAGCACCAAACACAUUGCACUUGCAGUGAAUGAAGAACUUGAUCUGCAUACAAGACUAAUUGAUGAUCUCGAUCAACAUGUUGAGGUUACAGACUCCAGACUACAGCGAGUACAGAAGAGGCUCGCUAUAUUAAACAAACGGACAAAGGGUGGCUGCUCCUGCAUGUGUCUGUUUCUAUCAGUUAUAGGGAUUGUUGUUUUGAUUGCUGUUAUAUAUGUGCUAAUCAAAUAUUUGUAAAUUUGAGAAAGAUAAAUUCUCCAUUUCGUGUGUUUGGAUUCUCAAAGACAUCUAUGAUUUGUUUGUUAACUGUAUGUCGAAUGGAAAACAUUAUAUGUAUGUAUGUAUGUAUGUAUGAACUGAGAUGAGCAUUGUUCUUGUAUUGCUGAAUGCUGAUCAGUAUAUGGUUUCAUGAUUUUGAGGCUUUGCACUA